AAAUUAAAAAAAAAUGAUAGUGAAAGGAGUAAAGAGUGAAAGUAGGCGAGAAAUAAACAGAAGAAUGGUUAAAAAUUAAUUUUUUUUAAAUAAGAACAAAACCAAUUUUCCAUUCAAAGAAAUAUGUUUCAAUCCAGUGAAGAGGAAAGCGAAGAAGAAAAUGAAAUAAACUCCCUAGGAAUAUUUGAUGGAGAGAGAAAUGAAAAAGGUGAGAGACAUGGACAAGGAAAAGCAAUUUUGCCAAAUGGUGACAUUUACGAUGGAAACUAUCGUCAUGGACUUAGAGACGGAAGAGGACUUUAUGUGUUCAAAAAAAAUGGAUCAAGGUUCGAUGGCGAAUGGCGUGAGGGCAAGAAACAUGGUCAGGGAAUAUUUUGGUAUCCCGAUGGAACACGAUACGAAGGAGAUUGGCGACACGACGUGAAACACGGUUUCGGCGCUUAUUAUUACAUGAACGGUGAUAUUUACGAAGGUUCGUGGAAACAAAAUUUCCGCCACGGUUUGGGGACAUAUUUUUAUGCUGAAAAUAAUGUGAAAUUCAUGGGAACAUGGAUUUGUGAUAGAAUGCAAGGACCUGGAAAACUUAUCUUUCCCCGACAUUGUUAUCAUGGCUCAUGGGAAUUAAAUUUGCCACUUGGUCGUGGAUGUUUCACUUUUGAAAAUGGAUCAAUGCUGCAUGGACAUUACAUUCACGUAAAAGAUCCAAAUUAUCAAGAAAUAGAUGAAGGUCAAAAGAAUGAUGAUGAUGAUGAUGAUGAGAAUGCAUCAAAAAAAUCGGAAAUACUUUAUGGGGAAAAUUUUGAAAAUUGUGAAUUUAAACCGUUGCCUCUUGGAGGAGGAAUUUCCGCCAUUUGGCAAGCGCAAAACGUCACGGAAUUUAAUCCCGAUUUUCUCCCCCCAGAUCCGAUGCCAUUACAGGAUGAAGAUUCACUUGUUUCUGAAUCUGAUAAAUGCAACGAUGAACCUACAAUGGAUCAGAAUAAAUAUUUACCUUACGAGGACCCGCAACGCCCGCAAUCAUCCGAGGGGGAAAGUUUCAGUAAUAAUGAAUUAUUUACAGAAUAUUUACAGGAAUAAUAAUUUCCGAUUUUCACGAUUAAUCACGUUUCUUAUUCAAAUGAAAGAUUAAAAAAGAAAAAAUUCGAAAGGUAAUUUGCAAACUUUAAAGAUUUCAACUUUAAACAAAUACAAUAAAACAUUCUUGGAGCAAUAUUUUCGAAAAUGUUGUCAUUAAUUUCCUUCUUUAUAUUUAUUUUCAUUAUUAGAAUAAAUCCCCAAAGUAGAAAUAACCUUUUAAAUAUUCUUUACGGCUUGUUAAUUAUUUUUCAAUUAAAAGGCAAACUACCUAUUUUGUUGUUUCAUAAAAGAAAAAGCCUCCGAUUUCGCAGAUUAAAAAGCUGUUUAUUUUAAGUUUAAAAAAUUAUAAUCAACGUCUUGGAAAUUCUGUAUUAAGUAUACAGAAGAGACAUUGGUGUACUGUAAAAAUUGAGAUUGAAUUCCAAAAAUUGAGAUUCCAAAAUGACAGUUUUAUGACAGACUGUCGAUAAAUUACGAUAAAUUACGAUAAAUUACAAUAGUUGCAAUAGCAAAUACGAAAUAAAAAAAGGAAAUAUGAAAAGUUACAAAAUAUAUAAUAUAUUUACAUGUAGUUAAAUUCUCAAUUCAACCCUUUUGUGCGUUCAUUCUCUUUUCCCUCAUUUCACUCUCUCUCUCUCUCUCUCUCUCUCUCUCUCUCUCUCUCUCUCUGACACGCAUUCACUCAUUCAAAACUAUCUCUCUCUCUUUCUCUUUCCCUUACAUAUAUAGGCUUAGUGAAAUUACAAAAAAUAUUGUACAUAUAUCAUUUUAAACGAAAAAGCGUUUCAAGGAUUUAGUUGUGACAAGGUAGGACCAAACGCACGGAAAUUAAUCGUUUAAAAUUAAUUUCCAAGUCUUCUUUACAGGCGAAACAUAGAUUGAAAACUUUUGUUAAUUAUUAUUUCCUACACACGUCAAUAUUGCUUGUGAAUCAAUAAAAAUACAGUGGAACCUCGAUUAUCCGAACUAACCCAGGCAAGGACGAGUUUUUUUUAUAAUUAAACCUAUAAAAAUUAGACAGUUGAAUUAUAUAUAUUUAAUUUAAUACAUUUUUUUAAAUAUACA